AUGAAAGACACUUUUAAAAUCAACUUAUCUUCGAUUGUUAAACAUCUCAUUUCAGUACGAGGAUGUCGUCCUGGGAAGAUUGUUCAGAUGACCGAAGCAGAAGUUCGGGGUUUGUGCAUAAAAUCACGGGAAAUAUUUCUUAGCCAGCCAAUUCUCCUGGAGCUAGAGGCACCUCUGAAAAUUUGUGGUGAUAUUCAUGGUCAGUAUACAGACUUGCUUCGGUUGUUUGAAUACGGAGGAUUCCCACCAGAAGCGAAUUAUCUUUUCCUUGGAGAUUACGUAGACAGAGGCAAACAGUCUCUUGAAACGAUUUGCCUAUUACUGGCAUAUAAAAUCAAGUACCCAGAAAACUUCUUUCUCUUAAGAGGAAAUCACGAGUGUGCUAGCAUCAAUCGGAUCUAUGGAUUCUAUGACGAAUGCAAGCGGAGAUUUAACAUUAAGCUGUGGAAGACCUUCACAGACUGUUUUAACUGUCUGCCUAUUGCAGCCAUUGUGGAUGAGAAGAUCUUCUGUUGUCAUGGAGGACUAUCUCCAGAUCUCCAGUCAAUGGAGCAGAUCCGGAGAAUUAUGAGACCUACAGAUGUUCCUGACACAGGCUUGCUGUGUGACCUGCUGUGGUCUGACCCAGACAAAGAUGUGCAAGGUUGGGGUGAAAAUGAUCGUGGGGUCUCUUUCACUUUUGGUGCUGAUGUGGUCAGUAAAUUUCUGAAUCGUCAUGAUCUGGAUUUGAUCUGUCGAGCUCACCAGGUGGUUGAAGAUGGAUACGAAUUCUUUGCUAAACGGCAGUUGGUCACCCUAUUCUCGGCUCCAAAUUAUUGUGGAGAGUUUGACAAUGCAGGAGGCAUGAUGAGUGUGGAUGAAACUCUGAUGUGUUCCUUUCAGAUAUUGAAACCAUCUGAAAAGAAAGCCAAGUACCAGUAUGGUGGACUGAAUUCUGGGCGUCCAGUCACUCCACCUCGCACAGCUAAUCCACCCAAGAAGAGGUGAAGAAAGGAAUAAUGUAGAAACACCAUCAGAUCUGUCAAGGACAAAACUCCAUAUUACAGUAUAUAAUAAGUGUGCACUGUAAAACCAUCCAGCCAUUUGACACCCUUUAUGAUGUCACACGUUUAACUUAAAGAGACGGGUAAAGGAUCUUUAUUAAUUUUUUCUAGUAGAAAGAUGUGCAACACUGUAUUGUAACAAGUAUAGCUCCAACUUCUAAUAUCCAGCAUAGAGUAAAAAAAAAAAUAUUAGGAAAAAACUAUUGCAACUACAUAUUCACAUUUACCACGGUUUUUAAAGUUGACCAACAUCCCAGUUAAAACUUGAUGUAAUAGUUAAACCAGAUGGGAGCAUGAUGUUCCAUUUGUGUAAUGUGGUCUUAUUGUUGCUUGAUUGCUUUUACUUUGGUUAUUUUGUAGCUAGAAUGAUGCGAAUAUGGUAUCUAGUCUUAUUUCCCGGCUCUCUCUUUGAACUGAGGUAAGGAAGGGGCUUUUUAGAACGGCCAUUGAUCUCUUAACCUCCCCCUAGCCCCUUGUUGUUCAUAAUAAUGCCACCCAAAUGUGUGCUCCAUUAUAAUGCAAAGUUUAUAGUAGGGUAGUGAUUAAAAGGCAAACUUAAGUCCAAAAUGCCCAGACUGGACAGCUUGACAGCCAACAUAAAUUGAGACAGAAAAACUUGUCUUGACUUUUUAACUUAAAUUGCCACACGAUGAAUUUGUGCACUACACUAUUUUAAAUUAUUGACGUUACACUGUGCUAUGGCACUUCAUUUAACUUAGGACAGAAAUGGUAUUGCCUAUUAGUUGGUAACUUGAUUAUGUGGUACCUUGGCUUUAGUUUUAUUAGCAUGAAACACCUUUGGCAUGCUUAGCUUCCAGGUAACUCCCUACCUGCAUCAAAAUUCAUCUUACGUAGUUCCACAGAACAUGAAGAUCCUUAUUUGCCGAGCCUUUGAAAGCCGACAUUCUUUUUCCUCAGAGGGUGUGCUUAAAUGGAUGUUCAUCAACAGACGGUAGGCUAGUGGUGAGCUGAAAAUGCUACAGGAAUGUCCAACAUAUUUAUAAGGCUUAUGUCACUAAAGAUUAUACCCUUUGGAUUUUCAUGAUCAAAUUUCAUAUACUAUUGUAUAGACUUCUGCUUUGUAGUGUACUAUAGUAGCAAUAAUUUCUGUACAUGAUCAAGAGUUAUACAGUAUUUCUUUUCAAUUCUCACCUUUCUUAAAAAGAGUUAACAUUGGCAAAUGGCAAGAUACAGAGAAGAUACAAAAUUUAUAGUAGGAUAAAUGAAAGGCACAGAUUUGUGAUGCUUUAGGAUGCAAUACUUAUUAGGUAUAACUACAAAAGCUUUUAUUGAAUAUUGUCAAAUUUGUAAGAUUCUUUGGGGGAAGGCUUUAGAUUUAUACCAUUCUAAAUGUGCAUUAGUAGAUGUAAAACUCUUGACUUCAGUAUUGUCUUUGAAAAUGUUAAAUUGAGGAUUCUGGUAACUUACAUUUUAUGAACUGGCACAUUAUAUAAUGCAAGAGAUAUAUUGGUUUCUGACACAGUGAGCAAGUUCUUUAAAAUGGAUUUAAGUCUCUUUUCUAAUUCCAUUUUGUUUUAAAUGCAUAUUUUAAAUGUAGGUUUUUUCAUUUAGUAAAAGUUGUCUAAUUCAUUUGAA